AUGGAUUGCAAAGAUCAAAGAACGCAGCUCAGUCAACAGGAGACAGCUGCGAUUCAGGAGAAGAUUAUCACUUUCAAUCCACCAUUCAGGAAGGAACAUGAACUCCAAAAUAUCAUACCAAUCUUUCCAACAUAUCACGCUAAAACUGGAUUCAACCCCCAACGCCCGAUUCUCGACAUCCUGAAUCAAGAACUACGCACGCCAUCCAUUGACAAGAUCUACUCUCAUCUUUGGCUGGCAGGACUUCCGAAAGCUGCUCGUCCACUCCACCGCCAGAACCUCCUAGGACGCACCAUUGUCAUUACCGAAAACCCAGAAGAACAUCUUAUAUGGCUCUCCACACGCAUCUUCAUCAAGCCUCUGCCGGAAUAUCUACUAUGCCACGAGUUUUGGAUGACGAAAGGCAGCAUCCUGACUCAGGACCAAUCACUAUACCAAUGUGCAUGUGGAUUCCUUCUAUCUUAUUGCUGGCUCAUCUGUUCCAAGUCCGACCUCGCCAUCGCACACAGCUCACAUCUUCUUCCAUCAUCUAUAACCUGGGAGAAAUGGAUCCCUUUUGUCACAGACAUCCUCACAAACAUUGAUCCCGAAACACUCCACUCAGUCUCGCCACGAUACCACUAUGGCGAACUCCGACUCUCCCGUUUGAAUGCCAUCUACAGUUUCGCUCCUGAUAUUUUCACUAUGCACAACUUCGUCCACGGCUUCAUGGCGGAACCUUCACGGUCCAAGGCAUUCCUGGAGCGGAACUUUGCAUGGCUCUUCUCGGUAUUCGGCUUUAUCACUAUUGUCGCGAGCGCAAUGCAGGUUGGGUGGCGAGCCUGGUGGGAGCAGCAGCGAGUGUUGUACUUGUGGGCUCGGUUUGGGGCUUUUUGA